AUGGUAAACAACAAGGCUUCUAGAGGCUUCGUUGCUGAUAAUCUCUUGCCACUGAGCAAAAGCGUGAAAAUGCUCGAUAUCAAUUUCAGCGCUCGCAUAGCUCAUCUUCAGACAUUUGUAGAGGGUGAGAUGAUUGCGACGAAGUGUAUCGAGGAUAUUUUAGAAAUGUUAAGGGAAUGUGAGAGUGGUGCGAACGAGAAGGAUAGUGACAAGUCGUAUGUCAAAGAAAACAAACAUCGUAAGGGUAUUUUCAAGAGGGCAAAAAGGGUAGUCGUUAUCGUCAGUAGUUUAGUAGGGCUCCCACUCUUUCUCGCUAUCGAUGUUAGUUAUUCCGAGGAUGAGAAUGCUGAGAGGCCUGAGCAUGCUGAGGAUUCUGAAAACUUUGAGUUGGCCAUCAACAACAUUGAUCACGUCGAAGAAGAAGUCGAUGAAAAAAUGCAAGACACCCGCAAUAAUCAACACAGCAACGCACAUGAGACAUUCGAGAUAGUCAAACUAUCACCAAAACUACAAGAAACUCAACAAGCUCCAUCCAAAGGGGAGCGUGAGUCGACGCCAGAGGAGGCCCUGCAAACCUCCUCCCAUACACUCGCAAACUCGUCUCGGCCUCAUCCUCACAUGUACACAUGCCUUCGCCAACGUGUGCAAGAGCUUGAAGAGCGUCUUUCGGGAUACGAAAACCUCUUUAGUCAACUUCAUAUGUAUGAUAUUGCCAACAAUCUCAUAUACAGAUGA